AUGAGAUUCUCUACCGCCUGCGUGGCUGCUCUGUCCGCUAGUGUAGCCUCGGCAGGCAGUUGGUUUGGUGGCUCAGAGGAGGUCGUCGUCAAGGAUGUACAGAAGGUUCCUGGUGACUCUCCUCUCGAAUUCUGCGAUUCGGACCACAGCAAGGACAUCGUCCACAUUGAGAACGUCGAUUUAUCACCAAACCCUCCUGAGUCCGGCGCGGAGCUGGUUAUCCAAGCUACAGGAACCGUCUUUGAACCAAUCACGGAAGGAGCCUACGUCAACCUUGUCGUCAAGUAUGGUUUGAUUCGACUCAUCAGCACCAAAGCCGAUUUGUGCGAACAAAUCCAGAAUGUCGACCUGAAGUGCCCCAUCGAGAAGGGCGAUCUGUCUAUCACCAAGUCUGUCGAGAUACCUAAGGAGGUUCCUCCGGGAACAUACACCGUUUUCGCCGAGGUCAUCAGCGCUGAUGAGAGACCCAUCACCUGUCUUCAAGCUACUGUGAAAUUCGGUGGCAGCAAGGCUACGCUGAGUGACGACCUGUAG